GUCACAUUCAGGCUUUAAUUUUCUGAUCUGCCAGCAAAAUUUAGUUUAGUUCAAUUCAGUCAAUUAAUGAUCAUAACUAUAUUAUAUUGCUAGGACUUCACUUGUCAGUAGUCCUGAACACGCGCGAGAGAAGAUAGAGCAGCCUCGAAAGAGUGAGCCAUUUCUUCUCUGAACCUGCGAACAUGAACCAUUCGCCGGAGAUUCAGCGACCGAAUUCAACAAUUGGUGGUGGCUGGUCUUCACAAACAAGCCAACCAUCUCUUCUGCAAGGUGGAAGUUCUCCAGCAGAUAAUCAAAGAAAAACAUACCUAGAGCUUUACAAUGCAGCAAAGAAAGGUAAUUGGGAAGUAGCGCGGAACAUUUUAGCGGAUGACACGAAGCUAGUUUACGCCGACCUAACCAAUCGUCAUGAGACGAUUCUCCAUGUGGCCACUCAAGCGAACCAGGCUGACUUUGUUCGCAAGCUGGUGAGGAAUGAAAUGAUCAGCGAAGCAGAUAUGGAAAUGCCAAACGUGAAUGGGAACACUGCAUUUGUGUUCGCCGUAGCGUCUGGGAAUAUGCAGAUAGUUGAGAUAAUGGAGCGUUGUAAUUCGAGGUUGGGAACAAAAAGGGGUUGCGGAGGUGUCACUCCUCUUCACGUUGCUGCUUUACAAGGAAGAACUAAAAUGGCACAGCAUCUAUACAGAAAAACUUCCAAGAAUUCUGAAUAUAAAAGUAAAGACUGGGAGACGCUGAUAUUCUGCUGUGUCAACUCCGGAAUAUAUGAUAUAGCCAUGAAGUUGCUGGAUACGAACUCAAAUCUGGCUCUCGCGAGGGAUGAAGCAGGCGAGACAGUAUUGCAUAUACUGUCUCGCAAACCUUUAGGUUUGGAGAAAACGCAGCAACUUGAACUUGUAAAAAAAUUGUGGAACAUAAUUCUUGAGUCAAAUGAUAAGGACAGGAUCAUGACAGAGAUAACAAAGCCUUCACAUGUGAUAUUUAACGCUGUUGAAGUUGGGAGUUUUGAGUUUCUCGUUCACCUUACAAGUACCUAUCCUUAUUUGAUAUGGGAAGCUGAUAAUACAUAUCGAAGCAUAAUUCAUAUUGCAGUUUUGAAUCGACAUGCCGAUAUCUUUGGUUUCAUACAUGACAUUGGCUCAAUCAAAGAUAUACUAGUAACUUAUGAGGAUAAAUCUGAUGGAUCAGAGAAAAACAACUUAUUGCACAUGGCUGCAAAAUUGGCACGAAAGGAACAACUAAACUUAGUUUCCGGAGCAGCAUUUCAGAUGACCCUAGAGUUAUUAUGGUUUGAGGAGGUGAAGAAGAUAGUGCCACCAUCAUUCAUAGAGAAGAAGAAUAAAGAAGGCUUGACUCCUCACGAACUAUUCACAGUGGAGCAUGAACAGUUACUGAAAAAAGCAGAGUCGUGGACAAAGAAAACAACAAAUUGUUGCAUGGUUGUUUCUACUCUUAUUAGUACUGGAGUGUUUACUGCUACAUUUAGUAUACCAGGUGGCACGGAAGACCAAACAGGAAGCCCUCAUUACUUGGUAAAUGAGAAAAUGUGGUUCAUGAUAUUUUCGAUAUUUGAUGCAAUUGCAAUGAUCUCAUCCUCAACUUCCAUAUUUAUUUUCUUCUCCAUCCUCAUCUCACGCCACGAAGAAUAUGAUUUUCAGUACGAGUCAUUGCCCAGGAAGUUGAUAACUGGAAUGUUCACACUGUUUAUCUCCAUAAUAAGCAUGAUGAUAACAUUUAGUAGUGCAUUCAUGAUGUAUUUUAAAAACAAUACCCAUACUCAUAGCCCUCAUUACAAUGGUUUGAAGUGGGUUCCAAUCUUCAUUUCUGUGCUUGCUGUUAUACCCAUACCCGUAUUUGCAUAUCUGCUAUUGCCACUCCGGAGUGAUAUAGCAAAAUUAACCAAAUUUCGCAGGCAUAUUUCUCAGCCGAGGAAAAAUAUGUUGUACUAGAAAAGCAUGUAGUUGUUUUGAUGUAUCUCUUCUUGUAAUGUACUCAUGUAGUCCAAGGGUCUGCUUGGAACUGCAUUUUCUAAGUACCUUCAAAGGCGUUUGUAAUAAUGGAAGUUUGAAUUUGUUUGUGA